GGAAAUACACAGCCAGUUCGAGUUUGUAAUAAAAUUUAGAAUUUGUCGUGUACCGUGCUAGCUUCCGUUAACACCUUCGGAUUUACACGCCUGUUAAGGAUUUAAAAACGACCAAAUUGUCAAAAAAAGGAAAAAAGAAACAAGCAGUAGGAAAAAUGGCACUCUCAUUCGUAAUGGCAGUGACCAAUUUUGACAGCAGAACAAUGAAUGUAAUAAGAAGGCGUCUUCAACUGAUUGAUUUCGGAAGGUUUAACUUUUUGAAUUUGGAACCACCCAUAUCUCCAACCUUGAGUGAAGUUCCUAGUGGAUAUGGCAGCCUCGAUUCGCCUGCUAUUUCAACAUCUACAAAUUCACCCAAAGAGUCACCAAGUGGGUCACUAAAAGGGUCACCUAAAAGGUUGCCAAAAGGAUCACCAAAAGGAUCACAAAAAGGGUCGCCAAAAGAGGCAAAAGAGUCAUCAGAAGACGAUCCAGAGGACUCUCCGGAAGACUCUCUUGGUUCUGGAACUACUAGUUUAAUCUCAACAAUGCAUAAGGAUAUUUCACAGGAAAGCCCACCUCUACGUGUAAUGCACGAGGGUCGAGAUAUUUUAAAUUUGGGUGCAAAUCUCAGAGAACCAACCUGGCACAAUUGGAAUCCAAGAAACCAUAAAUAUGAUGAAGAGAAAGAAGGGUUGAAAAGAAAUUCUGUAUAUUUCCGCCUGAAUUCCAAAGGCGAAGAGGCUCUCACAGAAGAUUAUCCAGUCAAUUUUUGCCCACACACGGGGUGUGAAUUUACACAGCCAUCACACUUCCUCUUCCCGGAUACAUGUAUGUGCUGUAAGCCUUCAGCAAUCCUUCCUCUUUUUGGUAAGCACGUCACCAUAAAAGCGACUCAAUAAUGACGAUAAAUUCGUCGAUUUUUAUUCUGUGAUAGACAAGCGGCAGCCGACUGAAACGGAUCUCUCGUUAUUUAUAAAAAAAAUUAUUUUUAGAAAAAACUCGUAUUAUCGCAAAUAUUUUUAAAUACUAGAAAAAAAUUUUAAAAGAAAAGCACUAAGAAUCUCGAAAGUUGUGAUAGAAUUACGAGAAGUCGGUAACGGGCCGCAAUGAUCGGAAUUUUUAACUCGUCUACGUAAAUUUACGCAUAAAAUAUAUAUUUAAGUAAUUUUUGAUAAAAUCGGAAAUGUAUUUCCGAUAAGAAGUACGAAAUAUAGAUUUCACAAAAUAAUUGAAUCACUUUUUAAAAUAUUUACUGCAACAUUUUUAUAUUUAUACGUACUGUCUCGAACUUUUUUUUGUCGUGUAAUUUUUUAUUUGGAAACGAUUAUAUUUUUAAUCUAUUUUCGUAUUGUUUACGUUAAAUAAGUAAAUCAGGAAAAAAUCAGUUGAUUUUAGUGACCAGUGAUAUAUUCGUCAUUCCCUCUUUUGCAUUUUCCAAUUUUGAAAUAUUUUAAAACAAAUGGUUGCAAAACAAUAAAUUAUUUUCAAAUCCAGGUUAUUUAUUCAGUUUAUUUCAAAGAAUAUAUAACUGCAUUUUUCCUGAUUGAAAUCAUGUGAUUGUCGAUUUUUAAAAUAUUUUGUGACUAACGUAGUACUUGCGUUUACAAAAAAUUUUCGGUAUAAUUAUUAAAAGCAGAUGAGAUUAUGUAUAAGAUAUACAUAUCUUAUUUUAGAAGAAGAUAACUCUACUUAAGUAAACUAUUCCACUAUAACUAAUAAGUUUGUAGAUAUUAUAUUCGCUGACAAUUUUUUAUAAAAGAUAAUUUAGAAAUAAUUUUAUAGAAUUAAAUGGAUAGAGUAGAAUAAUCUCAUCUGAAUUGUCAACUAAGUCACUUUGAGAUACUACAAAUAAGCAAAAGACUAUAAAUUUUAUUAUACACCUCGGUCACAAACUACUGUUUAAUUCAGUCAUUAUAACUCUAUUUGUACUUAUAUGAUAAUAAAAAACAAUUGUCAAAAAAGCGAACUUUUGUCGCAGCGUAAAAUUUGGGGCAAAGUAUCUCAAGUACCAUAUUAUUUUUUAAAUUAAAAUCAGUUUAAUUUCACUGGAAAUCAGCGACGUUUUUAUGACUACCUUAAUCAUUAAAAAUUUACUGACGAAUCAAUUAAUAUUUAUUGAAAUUUCAUUUAUUUACUUGUUUUUCUAAAUACUGAAACUACUUGAAUUCUAAUAAAUCUUCACUGAUUUAUCAGUGAGAAUUUAGUGAUCGAGGUAGCCAGAAAUAGGUCGCAUAUUCUAUGUGAAAUUUAAUUGAUUUAAAUUAAAAAGUAUAAUUUACAAAACUUGGUUGAAGUAGGAAUUUUAUUGUAUUAAAUGUCGACCAGUGUGCAAGUUCUUGAUACAGGUUGUUUAUAGUUUACUGUAAGAAUACUCAUAAUCAAUAGUGACAAUUUGUUUAUAUAAAAUAAAUGAAAGAUUUACAUUA